CUCGGCGUUAUCGCGACACCUGACGGGCUUGUGCGGCAGUCUGUGACGCUGCUGAUCUGUCCGUGGGUUUGUGUGUAAAUUUCCUCCAUGAUGUGUAGCUGUGGUCCUCAGGGCGAGCAGGAAUAAUCCCCAGCAGAGGUCCAACAGAGGACGGGUUGAAGCAUGGAGGCUGCGGAAGGUGUCAGCGCUCCCACUCCCACGGAGGAGAUGAACGGGGCCGGGACGCUCAUGGACUUCCUGGACGAACCCUUCCCAGAUGUCGGAACCUACGAGGACUUCCACACCAUCGACUGGCUGAGGGAGAAGUCCAGGGACACGGACCGACACCGGAAGAUCACCAGUAAGAGCCGAGAGUCCAUCUGGGAGCUGAUCAAGAGCCUGCUGGACGCCUGGUCCGGAUGGGUGGUGAUGCUGCUCAUCGGCCUCCUCUCCGGUACUCUGGCCGGUGUGAUCGACCUGGCGGUGGACUGGAUGACGGACCUAAAGGAGGGCGUGUGCCUCUCGGCUUUCUGGUACAGCCACGAGCAGUGCUGCUGGACCUCCAACGAGACGACGUUCGCCGACCGGGACAAGUGUCCACAGUGGCAGAAGUGGGCCGAGCUGAUGACGGGCCACGCUGAGGGAGCCGGGGCGUACCUGUUGAACUACUUCCUGUACAUCCUGUGGGCUCUGCUGUUCUCCUUCCUGGCGGUGACGCUGGUCCGAGUGUUCGCUCCGUACGCCUGCGGGUCAGGGAUCCCAGAGAUAAAAACCAUCCUGAGUGGGUUUAUUAUCCGGGGCUACCUGGGGAAAUGGACCCUGCUGAUCAAGACCGUCACCCUGGUUCUGGCGGUGUCGUCGGGUCUCAGUCUGGGGAAGGAGGGUCCUCUGGUCCAUGUGGCCUGUUGCUGUGGAAACCUCUUCUGCAGCCUCUUCUCCAAGUACAGCAAGAACGAGGGCAAGAGGCGAGAGGUGUUAUCGGCAGCAGCGGCAGCUGGAGUGUCGGUGGCCUUUGGAGCGCCGAUCGGAGGAGUUCUGUUCAGCCUGGAAGAGGUGAGUUAUUAUUUCCCUCUGAAGACCCUGUGGCGCUCCUUCUUUGCUGCUCUGGUCGCCGCCUUCACGCUGCGCUCCAUCAACCCGUUUGGAAACAGCCGCCUGGUGCUGUUCUACGUGGAGUACCACACUCCCUGGUACAUGGCCGAGCUGGUCCCGUUCAUCCUGCUGGGAGUGUUUGGUGGCCUCUGGGGGACGCUCUUCAUCCGGGCGAACAUCGCCUGGUGCCGGCGCAGGAAGACCACCCAGCUGGGGAAGUAUCCGGUCCUGGAGGUGAUCAUUGUGACGGCAAUCACCGCCGUGCUGGCGUACCCAAACCCGUACACCCGCCGCAGCACCAGCGAGCUCAUCUCUGAGCUCUUUAACGACUGCGGCGCCCUGGAGUCGUCGCAGCUCUGCGACUAUAUCAACAAUCCCAACAUGAGUCGGCCAGUGGACGACAUUCCCGACCGUCCGGCGGGGCCUGGGGUCUACAACGCCAUGUGGCAGCUCGCCCUUGCCCUCAUCUUCAAGAUCGUGAUCACCAUCUUCACCUUUGGCAUUAAGAUCCCGUCGGGACUCUUCAUCCCCAGCAUGGCUGUGGGAGCGAUCGCCGGGCGGAUCGUUGGUAUCGCCGUGGAGCAGAUGGCGUACCACCACCACGACUGGAUUAUCUUCAAGAACUGGUGCCGGCCUGGCGCUGACUGCGUCACACCGGGACUCUACGCCAUGGUGGGAGCUGCUGCCUGUCUGGGUGGAGUAACCAGGAUGACCGUCUCCCUGGUGGUCAUCAUGUUCGAGCUCACAGGGGGGUUGGAGUACAUCGUCCCUCUCAUGGCCGCCGCCGUCACCAGUAAGUGGGUGGCCGACGCCUUCGGGAAGGAGGGCAUCUACGAGUCUCACAUCCAGCUCAACGGCUACCCGUACCUGGAUGUCAGGGACGAGUUCACCCACCGCACCCUGGCCACCGACGUGAUGCGGCCCCGCCGAAACGACCCUCCCCUGGCCGUCCUCACGCAGGACAGCACCACGGUGGAGGACGUGGAGACGCUCAUCAAAGACACCGACUAUAACGGCUUCCCGGUGGUCGUGUCCAGAGAGUCUGAGAGGCUGAUCGGCUUCGUUCAACGCAGAGACCUCACCCUCGCCAUCAAAAACGCCCGUCAGAAGCAGGACGGCGUGGUGAGCAGCUCCGUGGUGUACUUCACAGAGGAUGCGCCGCAGCUGCCGGCCAGCAACCCUCAGCCGCUGAAGCUGCGGCGCAUCCUGAACCUCAGCCCCUUCACCGUCACCGACCACACCCCCAUGGAGACCGUGGUGGACAUCUUCCGCAAACUGGGCCUCCGGCAGUGCCUGGUCACCAGGAGCGGGCGUCUCCUGGGCAUCAUCACCAAGAAGGACGUCCUGCGCCACAUGGCCCAGAUGAUGAACCAGGACCCAGAGUCCAUCAUGUUUAACUGAGCAGAGACUGAUAGGGUGUAGAUAAAGCUGCUGUGACCCGGCCUCCUCCUGCAUCGCCUGCCCUGUUCCCUCAUUAAUGUAGCUGCUUUCCUUUAACGAGGCAGAGAAGGGACGACUGGUGGUCACUGGAGGUCUGUAAACUGGGACGAGUUUAUACGUAAAACAUGGAUGAUUUAUUUUAUUUAACGUGUGUAUGGGUUGAUAAUGGUUUAAAUGGGUCUCCGUACAUAAACUCUAAGGCGGAUUUUAUUGCACUUUUUGGUGUUGCCAUAUUUAAAUGUCCGUUGCCACGUGGUUUGCUCCUUCUGAGGCCCUGUGGAGUAGUUCAUACCUCUGUUGACCUUGAUGCUUCUCUGCAGCAGUUUGAUUUCUGAGGAAACUUCUUGUGUUUGGAGAUGAUUUAGCAUGAAUUGACUCCAGACUCCGACACUACGAGCAGAGACGGCUCUAUAAGCUCGUUUCACACUCCGCCGUACCUCUGGGGCCCCCAGCUGGCCUCUUCAAGUGUUAUUUACGUCCCCCACCUCAGUGUUUGUGUCGGUUCUUCUCUGUGUCGUGAUUUUUACGUUGUAAAGCUGCUGAUGAUUCACAUGAACUGGAAACCAGACUCCGGGUUGGAAACUGUGUGGAAAUACCUGUGGUUCCAAUAAAGCUGAUUCUCUGGGUUCUUUUAUCUGAAGUGAAGCUAACGUUCAGCUCCGCUCGGUUUCAUCCAGAGCGUUGCUCACUCAGUUUGUAAAAGUUGGAAGAAUAAACGUCUGACCUGACUGAAGAGGCCUUCCUGCUGCUUGCUUGUUUUAAGAAGGGCCGUCUAGCCGUGCUCCCGCUGACAAACAGGCAUCGGUUUCCCAUUCAUUCACUACUUCCUGCUGGUCGGUCACAUAAAACUACCAAUAAAAUACUUCCCAAUGUGGAAGAUUGAAUGAA